GUGGAGCCGGAGCUCGGCAGCCCCGGCCCCAGCAGAAGCUCUUCACCAUGGAUGUGGAUGAAGAGGAGAACAUGAGUGAGUCUGUCUCUCUUUGUCCAAUUAUCUGUCUGCCUGUGUCCAUUUGUUCCCUUACCAGAUCCCCUGCCUAAACAGACACGCACACAAAGGACAUACACAAAUGACACGCACCGCAUAUACAUAAACUUCACUGCAGAACUACAUCUUCCCACCACAACAUCUUCAAUAAAUUCCUUGGAUUCAACUUAUAUUGCUCUAUGCACACCCUCUAAAAAAAUGUCAUCCUCCCUCUUCAAAUUUAAUUGGACAUUUUGGGAGGAAUCUGAGCCCUGAGCUCCAGCAGCCAUGCCUGUGAAUGAGUCUCUGCCCCCAGAUCCCCACCACUCUGAACAGACAGAAGAAAAUGGCUGCCUGGUCUAUCCCAGGUUGAAAUGGAUGGUUGCCAUUGUAGUUUCACAUACCGGUUUCACACUGACAAUGUCACCUUCAUUACAAUUGGUCAGUUUCUGUACAUGUUUCUAAAACGCCGGCAACUGUCUCAAAGCAGAGGGGGACAUUUCAUGGAGUUUUGAUACUGGGACUAUUGUUGUUAUUUAUCUCCAGGUUAGUUAGACACUUUAAAGAUCGCUACAAACAUAUUGCUUUGAGCAAUGGACAUUUGUAAUUUACUUGAACACCAGGAGGAGUUAUUCAUAUUUGUUUGUUCCUCAAGUAUGCUCACUCUUUGCUCACAUUCAUACCAGCUGGAUUCCAGUUUGAAAAACAGUGUUCGAAACAUGCUCACUGACAUUCUAAAUACAUUGAGAGACGCAUAUGCCUCAAAAUAAUAUUUACAUACUCCACUGAAAUCGACAAGACAUUUACGUUUUCUGUAGCUGUACUGAAAUGAAAGUAAUUAGGCCUAAAUAUUAAUUGACUCAUCAAAAGUCACCAAUUUCACUGAGUGUACAAAACAUUAAGAACACCUUCCUUAUAUUGAGUUGCCUUUUGUCCUCAAAACAGCCUCAAUUCGUUGGGGCAUGGACCCUACAAUGUGUAAAAAAGCAUUCCACAGGGAUGCUGGCCCAUGUUGACUCCAAUGCUUCCUACAAUUUUCAAAUUGGCUGGAUGUCCUUUGGGUGGUGGACCAUUCUUGAUACACACGGGAAACUGUUGAGUGUGAAAAACCCAGCAGCGUUUCAGUUCUUGACACAAACCGGUGCACCCUGACACCUACUACCAUACCUUGUUCAAAGGCACUUAAAUAUUGAAUCUUGCCCAUUCACCCUUUGAAUGGCACUCGUACACAAUCCAUGUCUCAAGGCUUAAAAAUCCUCCUUUAACCUGUCUCCUCCCCUUCAUCUACACUGAUUUGAAGUGGAUUUAACAAGUGACAUCAAUAAGGGAUCAUAGCUUUCACCUUGAUUAACCUGGUCAGUCUAUGUCAUGGAAAGAGCAGGUGUUCUUAAUGUUUUCUACACUGUCUAUAAUGGCAAAAGCCACUUCUUAAUGUUACAGUAUUCAUGCCUUUUGGUUUUUCUCCUUUGUAGUUAUUUCCCUUACAUCCCCUUGUUAAGACUCCUUCUUGCCUGGCUUGUUGCAUGGCUACCUCAGAGUCCACCAGCCUAUUUUCAAUGUGUCAGUGAUACUCCCCAAUUCAAGACCUCCUCCAGAAAGCACUCACACACAUCCAUGUUACACUAAUGUAUACAUACUGUACCUUAAAUCACACGAGGCAAAUACAGAUCUGAAAACUGUCUUGGGGAAUCAACUACAUCCAAAGUAAAUGAAAUCGUGUAAAUUAUGUUGUUUGAGUGGAACAUCCUUUAAUGCAAGUGCACAUUAUAAGGAGGGUUAGGGCUCCAUAUUAGUCUGGUUAUAUAAGAGACUACAAUUUGGAAACACAUGAGAGCAGGAUUUUUUUGUCUUGCUUGUGGGAUGUGCCCUCUAUUUUAGUAUGCAGAAACUUGACGAACAUCAGCGCCUGUCAGAAGCUAAGGAUUCUGUGUUGUUCAGAAGUUGAUGGAAACCCCAACAGAGCCUCUGAAGAGCUCUGAUCUCAUGUAGUUUGAAAAUGCAUAGUUUGAUAUGUUUUUGAAAGUAGAGCUCUGUGUUACCAAGAAGCCAGUAAUGGAUAUCAGAUCAAUUAGGUUGUCUAAAGAUCUAAAACCUUUCUGAUACUGGUACCUAAGCUCAGGUUGGACCCUUCCAUCCUUGUCAGACUUUGUUGGUCUUGCGGAAUGUGUCCUCUUUCCUUGCUCUUCCUCGCACUCUUCCCUGCACCCUCCAUCUUCCCAAUAAACCCUGUCAUUUGCACUGCCGGUUCUCUCCCCUGAGUACCGAAAGGAGUAACCUAUCAAGCCUUUGCUGGAGGAUGUUAUAAAUGAAAAUUUUGCCAACAUUCCAUCCACUUUGCCAACAGGACAUGGUGAUUUGUGUUCCUUAGAAUAUUCUAGAGCUGCAAUUCCACUAUUAUGAGAGCUAGUUCAGCACUCUAACGUCAACCUAUCAUUAAAAAGCCAGCAGAUAGGAGGAACGAUACUUGUGGGGUGACGAACAGGUCAUCCAAUCAAAGUGAAGAUCAGUGUGUUCGUAUGCGUGUGUGUACGUACCACAACUCUUCCACAUAUUUUCCCCCUGACCCCUCCCUAAACUGACAUAUCAACAGAAACCUCCCUGACAAAGGCCAGCAAAUGCAAAUAGUUCUCCCUUUUGUAGAGGGAGGAACUCAAUGUUUUUAUUGUUGUGCUGGCCUGAUUUUUACAAUAUUUCCCAAUCACUGAUUUCCCCAUUGACAUAGUAAUUGCAUAUAUUGUAUAGAUUAAAUCCUUCUUGCAAUGCUAUAGAAUCCAACUUCCCUUGAAUAUUGAAGAAAGUACAGUCCUAUCAUUAUGACAAUUUAUAUGUAUGACAAUUAUUGGCUAUUUUUCUAAAACUUAAUUGCUAAAUGGAUUUUCCUCAUGAGAUGUAUAUUUGAUCCUUUGGGGUCAAUGUAAUAUCAGUUAAGCCUCUCUAACAAAUGAACAUAACACACAUCACCAGUUCAGUUCCAAAGAGUGAUAUAGGAAUCUAUAAAUUUUACAUUUACAAGGUCCUGCAACGAAGGCGUUGUAAGUUACUCUUUCUGGGCACCGCAGGUUCGAGCAGCACCGACGUAAAGGAAAACCGUAACCUGGACAACGUCUCCUCCAAAGUGGGGGAGGCUGUGGCUGAGCAGCUCCCCAACGGCAGUGGCGGGGGCAGCAGGAAGCGCCCCUUAGAGGAGGGAAACAAUGGCCACACGCACUCCAAGUUCCGGGCCAAGAAGCGUAAGAAAACGCCAGGCCCGGUUCUACCCAAGAAUGCCCUUAUGCAGCUGAAUGAAAUUAAGCCGGGGCUGCAGUAUAAGCUGCUAUCUCAAACAGGUCCGGUCCACGCUCCCGUGUUUGUCAUGACCGUCGAGGUCAAUGGGCAGCUGUUCGAGGGCUCAGGUCCCACCAAGAAGAAGGCCAAGCUGAAUGCGGCAGAGAAGGCACUGCGCUCCUUUGUCCAGUUCCCCAACGCCUCCGAAGCGCACCUGGCUAUGGGCCGGACACUGACAGUCAACACAGACUUCACGUCCGACCAGGCCGACUUCCCAGACAUGCUCUUCAACGGGUUUGAGACGCCUGCACCGCCCGAGGACUCCUUUUACCUGGGCUCCAAUGGCAGCAGCUCCUUAAACUCACUGGGAGAGUACUCCAUGCCUUCCACGCCAGGUGCUAACCUAGCCCAGGCCUUGUUGCCCCCUCCCUCGUCCUUCACCUCGCCCUCGAGCGGCAAGAACCCUGUCAUGAUCCUCAACGAGCUGAGGCCAGGCCUCAAGUAUGACUUUGUAUCCGAGAGCGGCGAGAGCCAUGCAAAGAACUUUGUCAUGCAAGUGUUGGUGGACUCGCAGCAGUUCGAAGGCUCUGGACGAAACAAGAAGCUGGCCAAGGCCCGGGCUGCCCAGGCAGCCCUCUCAGCCCUCUUCAACAUGCAGCUGGACCAGACGCCUUCCCAACAGCCCAUCCCCAGAGAGGGACUGCAGCUCCACCUACCCCAGGUAAGAUCCCAAACCUAGGUCCCUCUGAACAAGCCCACUCUGCCACCAGUCAAUACCCUUUUAGAACAGGUUAUAGCACCAAAAUUGUAUCUGCACUCACUGACUGUGAAAAAACCAAUGUGAACCGUUUUUAAUAGGGAUGAGUGAUAUGCUUUAUACUCUACAUGUAAUGUUUUCAGGUGCUGAACAAAGGAAUCACAGCACUUAUGCCCUCAAGCACAAAGGUCUAACACCCUAGAGUCCAAAACAGAGCUUCCCCAGAAAGUAUGCCUUCUCUGUGAUACAUUAUGGAUAGCCAAAACACUUAUGCAAGGCUUUCUCAAACUGUUGUAAUUUAGUAUUUUGAAUUAUGGGAGUGCAUUAAAUAUUUAUAAAUAUCCAGAUGUUUUGGUCAAAGAAACCCAUCUGCUGAGAGUUUGAGAAUAGUUCUUUAUUACGUUGUAAACUGGGGAAACGUUCAAUUAGCUUAUGUGGUUUUAAAGCUGAGGACACAGAGGUAUUUUCACCACUGGAGUUAACAAUAUCUCCUCUCUUUUAAUCACAAUGUCUACGACCUUAUCUAAAGACCUUCAGUAUCAGUCAUAUACUACCUCAUAUUUUGAAGUAUUUUCUUUAUGAAAGUCCCCACUGGAACAAUUAACGCUCCUGCCAAUCAACGCUGGGUUUGAGACAUUAAUUGAAAAUUAAGAUGACAUGAUCAGGCCUAAAGCAUGAUUGAAGAUGAGACAGGAUAUGAAAAUGUGAGGUGCUUUAGUACUGAGAUGAUGUGAGACAUCUAUUUACACUUCUCUUAGCUCCCCUAAUCGCCAGCUGAUAACACCAGGAAAUAGCGUGCCUCUAUCUUAAUUUACAUCUCCUUUUUUAGUCUUGUUGAAACAACCACUAUUGACUGUCCAGGCUCUUUCCUACCUAGAUGUGAGACCUAUUUCAUUGAAGCACUCAGUGUAAACCCAGCCUUACAGGUGCUCAAAGAAGGUAUCCCUUUCAAAAGCCUGCUCUUUUUAAAGACUCAAUAAAGCUUGGUUCAGUUUGAUAAGAAUUGGUGGUGAGGGUGGGGAUUGGUCAUCACAGAAGUGACUGUCAGUCCUGCCGGUGUGUGCAGAGAGUGCAGUCUAGACAGGUAAGCAGCUAAUGGGGCACACUGUCAAUGGCUUCCAUUGUCUUUUCUCACCAGGAACAUUUCGCACUUUCCUUUUUUUACUCUCCCUCCACUUGCCAUCAGCCUGCUUCCUUCAAACAGGCAGCUCAUGUCAACGAUACUGCACCUGCUAAUUGGUCUAUUAAUUCUGUCGGUUAAUAUUUAUUAAAUUUACCAUCAACCCAGCUGAAGCGGGCGCUCCAUAUGGACGGGGCUAAUUAGAAAAUCAGGGAAACAUGAGUGAUAGAAUACUCUGUUUUUUAUUGCCAGACUGGAAUUGCCUCAUUGUUUUUGGCAGGCUGUUUGGUUCCCAAAGGAUAACACAGACGUCCACACGUUUCUGCGCUGCCUACAACCAACCCACGGAAUUCAGAAGUCAAAUUAUUCCCUUCCAACUGGGUGACUCUGACGUACCGGGGAAGUGAUAUUUGGACUAAUCUCGUUAAUUUGUGCUUAUUCAGCCGUUGUCUCUCCUUGGUUGUAAUCAUUUUCAGCAUUUAAUAACACUAAUCAAAAUAUUUACUGGAGUUUUUUACCAGAAUAGACAAACACCAUUUCUUUAUACAAUCAGCAUUUAACAACACAUCAAAAUGUUUACAAACAUAAUGAGAAUGAUCAUGAAAAGGUAGGAAAUAGAAUGUAAGACCAGAAGUGAAGACCUCGAGAUCCUGAACAUUAAAUUAUGUUAUACUCUGUCUGUGAUCAAAGUAUGUUGUGGCUUUUUGAAUGUUCACGCCGCAUGAAGGAGAAAAUGGCUGUUUCUGGUUAAUUUGGGGUUCCUCCUUCAGGUUGCUCCUUUGGUCCUGAGUUGGUGUCCUUAUGCUUGUUGCUCUUCUGUUGGUUCCUUGCUUGAGUUGCAGAGGCUCUGCUCUAAUUGUCUUCUUUUUUUCUAGAAGGUGGUAAGCUUAAAAUUGUCCUCCAGCAAAAACAAAGUCAACUUUUACUGUUGAAAAGUGAUAUCCCAAGUAUAAAUACAGUUAAUUACCUACACUAAAGUUUUUUUUUAGACAACUGCAAACUUCAAGGAGUAGGGCAUUCAAGGAGUUGGUCUGAUGUGAAUCCGUGAUGUCAUCAGCUUCCCCACUUGAUUGAGCAGGAUGAAAUGAGCAGGAUAAACUAAUCCCAAACAGGCAACCUCUACCUGAAGCCUGUGGUUGUUGUUGCGUGUCUCAUCUCUGCUGUGUGUGUGCGGUCCCAGGUCCUCGCCAACGCAGUCUCUCGCCUGGUUGUGGACAAGUUCAGUGAGCUGACGGACAACUUCACCUCCCCCCACGCGCGGCGGAAAGUCCUGGCAGGGGUCGUCAUGACAACAGGUACGCUUUGUUACUAAGUCUAAUGGAAAAACACUGCGUUCUCCACUUUUGGGAAGCGUUGCUGCUGCCAAACGGUACACCACUAGAUUUGUACAGACCAUAAAAACCCAGCCAAGAGGCAGAAGUGUAUCGAUGGGAGGAAAUGAAGCUUCUUAACCACAUGAUGGGUGGGAUUAGCACAACCUCUCAAUCAUUGUGCACAUCAAAGUUUUCCUUUUGAGUUUGUGGGUCAAUGUCCAUGAUUGAUAGUGCACGAUGCUGCUGGUCAUCAUUGGCUUUGUAAGCCAAAUUUCCUAUUCACAAUUUUUUGGGACAAAUACACACGUGCAUAUUCGUAUGAAUACCUAAGAAACUAUAGUGCAUUCAGAAAGUAUUCAUAACCCUUGACUUAUUCCGCAUUUUGUUGUUACAGCCUGAACUCAAAAUAGAUUAAAUCGAUUUUUUUCUUACCCAUUUACAAACAAUACCCCAUAAUGACAAAGUUAGAACAUGGUUUUAGAAGAAAAGUAAAAUAUGUAUUGAUCAUUAAAUGCAUAAAUAUCUAAUUUACAUAAGUAUUCACACCCCUAUGAGCUCAGGUGCAUCCAAUUUCCUUUAAUCAUCCUUGAGAUGUCACUACAACUUGAUUGGACAUGCACUGUCUACCUGUGUACAAUUCAAUUGUUUGGACAUGAUUUAGAAAGAAACGCAGCUGUCUAGAUAAUGUCCCACAGUUGACAGUGCAUGUCAGAGCAGAAACUAUACCAUGAAGUCCAAGGGACUGUUCAUAGAUCUCCGAGAGAAUUGUGAUAAGCCAUAUAUGUGGGGAAGGGUAUAAAACCAUUUCUGGAGUGUUGAAAGUUUCCAAGAGCACAGUGGUCUCCAUUAUUGGGAAAUGGAGAAAAAAAUUGGAACUACCCUGAUUCUGCCUAGAGCUGGCCUUCCGACCAAACUGAGCAACCGGGCAAGAAGGACCUUGUUCACGGAGGUGACCAAGAACCCAAUGACCACUCUGACAGAACUACAGAGUUCCUUGGCUGAGAUGGGAGAACCUGCCAGAAGGAUAAGUCUCUACAGCACUUCACUAAUCUGGGCUUUAUGGGAGAGUGGCCAGACGGAAGCCACUCCUGAGAAAAAGGGACAUGACAUCACAUUUUUUUACAUUUACAUUUUUAGUCAUUUAGCAGACACUCUUAUCCAGUGCGACUUACAGAUAGUGAGUGCAUACAUUUUUAUACUGGCCCCCCGUGGGAAUCGAACCCACAACCCUGGCGUUGCAAGCGCCAUGCUCUACCAACUGAGCUACACGGGGGGACAUCACGCCUGGAGUUUGCAACAAGGCACGUGAAAGACUGAUAGCCCAAGGCAAAAUAUUCUGUCAUCUGAUGAGACAAAAUGUAACUCUUUGGCCUGAAUGCUGUCUGGAGAAAAUCAGGCACAGCUCAUCACCUGUCUAACACCAUCCCUACUGUGAAGCAUGGUGGUGGCAGCAUCAUGCUAUGGGGAUGCUUUUCAGUGGCAGGGACUGGGAAACUGGUAAGGAUAGAGGGAACAAUGAAUGGAGCCAAAUACAGGCAAAUCCUUGAUGAGAACCUGCUUCAGAGUGCAAACUACCUUAAACUGGGGCAAAGAUUUCCGUUCCAACAGGACAAAGACCCCAAGCAUACAGCCAAAGCAAUGCUGGAAUGGCUUCAGAACAAUAAUGCGAAAGUCCUUGAGUGGCCCAGCCAAAGCCCAGGCUUGAAUCCCAUAAAAUAUUGAUUGCUGUUCACCGCCGCUCCCCAUCUAAUGUAACAGAGCUUGAGAAAAACUGCAAGGAAGAAUAGGAGAAAAUCCCCAAAUCCAGAUGUGCAAAGCUGAUUCAGACAUACCUAAGACGACUCAAAGCUGUAAUCGCCACCAAAGUUGCUUCUACAAAGUAUUGACUCGGGUGUGAAUGCCAGUGCUGAAUUUGUAAAUCGGGAGGUCCCGGAACACAUAGUGAGCGUGAGAAGGAGGGUUAUCCGAGGGGCUCUGAGGUACCGGUGUCAAACACAACGUAGCAGCGCGGCAGACAGAGUAAACAGCCAAGUAGCCUACUGUCUAUGGUGGUAGCACUCUCCAAGGUGCUGAUUUAAUUCAAAGCAUUUUAGACGUCACUGCAGUAUGCCCACAUACUUGAGUAUAGCUGCGGGGCUUACACAAGUCCGAAUUUCUUAUAGCCUAAUUUUCUAGACAUCAAUAUAGAGCAACAUUCUUAGACACUGCAGAACACCCGCCAUAUGCAUGCAUACAUACAUACUCAGCUGUGGGGCUUACAAGACCCGAAUUUCAUAUAAUUUAAGACAUGUAGCAGUAGAACAAAUAUCACUUCAAAUAAAAUUAAAUAAAAAAAUUACGUCUGAGGCAUAGGAUGUUAACCUACUGUACAUUCCACCCACUCUUUUGCUAGUUGAAUCCCUCCAGUUGUUUCUAGACCCAAGCGCCCUACCUUUUUGCAUGUUGUACAGCCCAACUUUGAAUUCUGCAAAUUGCACCUGCUCCGAGCACUUCAUCAGUGGAUGCACUGAACCCCUCUCCCCCAGAUCCCCGUCUCCCGCUGAGUCUGACUCGCUAGUAUGCCUACUAGCUAGUGGAGGUGCCGGUGGUGACGCUGAACUGGUGGGAUUAGCAGCGCUGCUAGCUAAGGCAUCGCCAUCAGGAACAGUUUGCCCCUCACUCCUCUCCUCCGGCAAUGACAGUUCUCUGGCUCGUUCUGGGUUCGAUUCACCAUCUUUCUCUGGAUUUUUUGACUUCAUGUCAUCAAACUCGAUUUCCUUUUCUUAUCCAUUUUUUAUUUGACUUUCCCACGAUUCAAAUUCAGUAGGAAGACGAUAUGUGACGUGAUUACAUAGGGACCUCUUCACUAGCUGACCACCACUACCAAGACCUGUGUCAAGAUCAGUUACUUACAACACCGGCCCUUCCUAUAACAUCUAUGUACAAAUAAGAGAGCAGGUCUGGAAUCAGUGUGGCAAGAUGGGAUGAUUUCACAGAAGGAUCACCGCGCUUUUACAUGAUGGUCUUUCUGGGGGCCGGGAGAAAUAACGAGAAGGCAACUUGAUUUAACGCUGAUCGCUUUUAUUAGAAUGUCUACAGUGCGAACAGUGAAACAAUUAAUAAAUCAUGCCGCGACAGGUACCGGAUCCGGGCAAAUAGGUGCCGGAACAAACAAAGUCAAAUCUGAGAGGUGCCGGAUCCUGUUCAAAUUAAGCACUGUUGAAUACUUAUGUAAAUUGGAUAUUUCUGUAUUUCAUUUUCAAUACAUUUGCUGAAAUUUCUAAAAACAUGUUUUCACUUUCUCAUUAUGGAGUAUUGUGUGUAGAUGGGUGAGGAAAAAAAUCAAUUUAAUACAUUUUGAAUUCAGGCUGAAACACAACAAAAUGUUGAUUAAGUCAAGGGGGUGUGAGUACUUUCUGAAGGCGCACUGUACAUGUCCCUUAUCUAAAAUACAAUAAAAUGUAAAUGAAAUGGGAUAAUAGAAAAGUAAAAACCAUCAACACAAAUGGCUUUUAUUGAAUGUAAUGGUGAAUUUUGAGCCUCUCUGUUCCCUACCCCCAGGCACGGACGUGAAAGAGGCCCAGGUGAUCUGUGUCUCCACGGGCACCAAGUGCAUCAACGGCGAGUACAUGAGUGACCGCGGCCUGGCGCUCAACGACUGCCACGCAGAGAUUAUCGCCCGCCGCUCGCUCAUCCGGUACCUCUACGCCCAGCUGGAGCACUUCCUAAGGUGAGAGGUCAAGGGGUGAAGGCAAUGGCAGAGGCCGUUGAAAACACAAACGCACACAAUGACUCCCAUUUUGAUUGGAGUUUGUUCGUUGUAGCUAACCUUUCUUGGGUCAUGAAGUCAUAGUCCUGGAUUUGUAUUUAGUUGUAAAAUCAAGUCCACUGUUGCAUAACUUUUUCUAUAUGCUGUAAUGGUUGCAAAUAGUUUAUUCAAUUGCAACAUGGCAUUCCUUUUUUGUUCUUGCUUCAGCUGAUUAUUUUAGUAGUUUUUGUUUUCUGUGAAAUUUGGUCCCACUGCCCACCCUUUACUGUCCCCUUUUUUUCACCCUCUGUUACCUAGCAACAACAAGGAGGAGCAGCAGAAGUCUAUAUUCAUGCGCUGCGACAAGCGUGGCUACCGACUAAAGGACAACGUCCAGUUCCACCUCUACAUCAGCACCUCGCCCUGCGGAGACGCACGCAUCUUCUCACCGCACGAGGCCGGCAUGGAAGGUAUGAGGCACUGCUCCUUACCAUAUGACAGUAAGAGAUGUGACCAAGCCUCUUGCUGACCCUUCUGUGCCACCAUGUACAAUGAUGGCAUGAUUCCUGUCUUCUUCAUCAGAUGCAUAUGUCUGGCUAUCCAGCGCCUGCUUAAUGCUUUUAGAUGUGAAUGGAGAUGUGAAUGCGUUCUGCCCUUAAGUUUAUAUGAAGCCUAGUUAUCGGUUACUAGGCAGACCCUAUGUUAAUUUGUGAUGCACAGUCAUAUAAACCCAGAACAACAUUUCUGAUCAUAAACUUCUUGUUCUUAAGUUAAUGCAAUUCGCUGAACUAUCUCUUUAAUGCAAGUGAAAAAGAGCGCCACCAAGUGGUGUUAGACUCCGAAGGAGGUGCCAAUUUAAGAUUUUAGAUUUUAGUCAUUUAGCAGACGCUCUUAUCCAGAGCGACUUACAGUUAGUGAGUGCAUACAUAAAAAUAUUCAUACUGGCCCCCCGUGGGAAUCGAACCCACAACCCUGGCGUUGCAAACGCCAUGCUCUACCAACUGAGCUACAUCAACUGAGGUACAACUUCCCCGGCUUCCCGGUUAGAGGACGUAGAAUGACCGGUAGGAGACAGAUACACAGUUCAAACAUUUAUUACGACACUCAAGACAAACGCACAGCAAACAAGAAGGAGUAAUAGUGGAAGUGAAUAGUAAUAGUGGUUUUCUCUGGAACAGAAGGAAAUACAAAACAUGUAUUACAUGGCGGUAAUAGCAGGCUAACGACUAAUAGCAAUGCUAACAGUCAGGCAUGUGCACAGAUAGGACUAUACCUGUGCAGAGCACAUACCUCUUUGCCCUUCUGAUCUCAAGUGCUCUUUUGGAUGGUAGUAUUUUCCAUAUACAUUUUUGGUGAUUUGUUGUUCUGAACUCAUUGCCUGCAAAUCGUCAAAUGUCAAAUUUGGCUAUUGAUAAGUGCCUAAAUUGGAACACAGUGGCUGUACAGUAACAUGCUAUACAUGACGUCAGACCUCAGGUUCUCCGCUUCACAGCGCUGUAUGGGUUUUGACUGACAACCGUUCUAAACUUGAGCACUGCGCGCGACAAGAAGAUGCCCAAAUGCCUCCCGCUAAUUGGGCUACUUUUGAGCAUUUGUUGUCUGUUAAAAGAUGAGAUGUUAAGGAUUAUAAUAAAUACUGCUUUGAUGAAGCAAACCACACUGCCGUGAGUCCAAAUUUGCACCUCACAUUUCCGUAUUUAAAAACUCAUGUCAUUUACAGUAUCAACAUUUUAUGAUCACUAUGUUUGAUCUAGAGUGACAAGGAUGAAGGGUGGUAUCCAGAUUUUCAUAUUGUCAUACCGUCCUUCCCUCACCAUGGGAUUUACGGUAUUACCGGCUAAGUACACAACAGGGCACCCCUAAAAAAAUCUAAAGCCCAUUGAGCGUCUAUUACCAGAAUGCUAACAAAAUUGGCACAAGUUAUAGUGAAUUUCCAUGGAAGGUGCUAGCUAAAUAUGCUAAUGAGCGCAAAUGAAAAUAAACUAAUUGCAAAGAUGGGCAAUUCAGCUCAUAAAGUCUGGACAUUUUACAAGCAAAUGUGAACGAGAGACGUUGAGCAAAUUAACAAAGUUUUGACGCAUGCUUGUCUGUAGGAAUAACAGUACUUGCUCUCCAGCAGCAUGUCUACAAGCUGUGUCUGUCUGGAGUCGCUAGGGCAACGGGCCUGCCUGCUCUGUUCGGAGAAGAGGGGGGAGGAGCAGACAGGUCGAGAACAGAGAUAGCUGUAAAAAUAACUCAUCCAAAGUGUUUUGACUUCUCAAACAUGGCAGAAAGCUAACACAAUAUGAUGCCCCGUCACCUUAUUAAUUCAUCCACUUACUUAGAUAGAAAAGUAAACUUCGAGGUCGUGUUAAUGCAGAAAUCUGCAUUUUUCACGCGGGGGGAAAAAAGAUAAAACGCAUCAGAAAUAUCUUGUCGCGUUUUGUAAAUGCAGAUCUAAAAUACUUCUUAUUGUAACUGCUGCUCGGCAUCAGACUAAUUUUGUGCCUCAGUUGCACUUCUAAACUCGGAUGAGAAUUCACGAAUGGGCAUUCUAUCAGCAGACAGUGCUCUGACUGAUGUGGAGCUACUUUUCACGGUGUAGCCAGCCUAUUUUUCUUUGUAAAGUGCAAGAUUACCUUUAAGCAAAACAUUGGGAAAUGUAGCUGGCUGCAUUCUUUCUAUGAUAGGCUUAAACAUUAGACCAUGAUGGCCAUGCAUCGUUUUUGCAAAAAAUACCUUUCUUUUUCAUUGUAAAAUAGCAUUUCACUUCUGUUGUCAUCUAAUGAAAAUGAAGCUAUUUUAUGCCGGAUGUGUUGCACUAAUGUAUUUUCUUUGAAGGAAAAUGUUUUAUAUAUUGUGGAAAACCGUGGGGUGUUGUUGGGUUGAGCGCACAGGGAUGGACACAGAGGGUGGUUCAAGUCAGAACACGACUUUACUAGGCAACAAAAAAUAAACAUAACAACAAAAUGACUUAGGGUUGGCUUGGUUCUUCUUCUCAUAUUCAUCUCCGUGCAUCCGGGAGCUUCGUUCCAUCUGUAGGCUCACUCCUCGCCGCUCUCUUUUUCUCCCAGGAUACCACAAUAAAUAUAUAUAUAUAUAUAUAUAUAUGUAAUUAUUUACCUUUAUUUUAUCAAGGAGUCCUACAUAAAUUACAGAAAAUAAACACAUCAAAAUAUAAAUGCAAGCAGAAAGAAAAACAUGGUCUUUAAAAAAAGAAAAAUCUGUAAUAAGGUCCUCAAUCAGCUUUCUGAAUUGCCCUAGAGGCAGCAGAACAGCAAAUGUAAGAACGUUUUGAAGAUUGUUCCGCAAAUAAGGUGCAAGAAAACUAAAAGCUGAUUUACCUAACUCAGGAGAGACCAAAGGAAUUAGCCAUCCCUGAGACCGGGUGUGGUAACUCAUGUCUCUAAAGUUGAGUAAUGAUGUUAGGUACAGUGGGACUUUUUGUAAAAGGGCUUUAUAAAUGAAAACAUUGAAAUGUAUCAACCUAUGUGACAUCAAAGAGGGCCAACCAACUUUCUGGUAGAAAAUGCAGUGAUGAGUACUAAAAUUGUCGGCCGUAAUAAAGCGCAGUGCGCUAUGAUAAAAUGCAUCUAACAGCUUUAAUGAAGUGGCAGCUGUGUUCAUAUAGAUGAUGUCACCAUAGUGUAGGACCGAUAGGAACGUCGACUGAAUAAUCUGCUUUCUACUAUUUAGCGAGAGACCGGACCCAUUUUUAUUCUCAGCUUAACUAACUCAUCAAUAUGCUUUUUAAAAGACAGCUUUUCAUCUAUCUAGAUGCCCAGAUAUUUGUAAGCACGGACACGAUCAAAAUGGACACCAUCCAAAGUACAUAUGCUUAAAUUAGACUUAUUUUUAUGCGAUCUAGAGAACAACAUAUACUUAGUUUUACCUGCAUUCAGUACUCAUUUCAGGUCAAUUCAGUUUUUAUGUAAUACAAUGAAGGCAGACUGUAGUUCGGAUAGACCCUGGUCAACCGUUGGGGCAAUAGCAUACACCACAGUAUCAUCAGCAAGUGCAGGUUACAAUUUUUUUUCUCGAUAAUUUGAUAUUGUUAAUGUAAAAAGUACAGGACCCGGAAUCGACCAGUGUGGGAUAACUUUCGGAAUAUCCAGUAGAUAUACAGUACCAGUCAAAUGUUUGGACACCUACUCAUUCAAGGGUUUCUCUUUAUUUUCACUAUUUUGUACAUUGAAGAAUAAUAGUGAAGACAUCAAAACUAUGAAAUAACAUCAUGUAGUAACCAAAAAAAGUGUUAAACAAAUCAAAAUAAAUUUUAUAUUUGAGAUUCUUCAAAUAGCCAUCCUUUGCCUUGAUGACAGCUUUGCACACUCUUUGCUUUUUCUCAACCAGCUUCACCUGGAAUGCUUUUCCAACAGUCUUGAAGGAGUUCCGACACAUGCCGAGCACUUGUUGGCUGCUUUUCCUUCACUCUGCGGUCCGACUCAUCCCAAACCAUCUCAAUUUGGUUGAGAGCCGGUGAUUGUGGAGGCCAGGUCAUCUGAUGCAGCACUCCAUCACUCUCCUUCUUGGUAAAAUAGCCAUUACACAGCCUGGAGGUGUGUUGGGUCAUUGUCCUGUUGAAAAACAAAUGAUAGUCCCACUAAGCCCAAACCAGAUGGGAUGACGUAUCACUGCAGAAUGCUGUGGUAGCCAUGCUGGUUAAGUGUAAAUAAAUGACAGACAGUGUCACCAGCAAAGCAACCCCACACCAUAACACCACCUCCUCCAUGCUUUAUGGUGGGAACUACACAUGUGGAGAUCAUCCGUUCAACCACACCGCGUCUCACAAAGACACGGCGGUUUGAACCAAAAAUCUCCAAUGUGGACUCCAGACCAAAGGACACAUUUCCACCGGUCUAAUGUCAAUUUCUCGUGUUUCUUGGCCCAAGCAGGUCUCUUCUUAUUAUUGGUGCUCUAUGAAGCAUUUACUUGGACUGCAAUUUCUGAGGCUAGUAACUCUAAUGAACCUGUCCUCUGCAGCAGAGGUAACUUUGGGUCUUCCUUUCCUGUGGCGGUCCUCAUGAGAGCCAGUUUCAUCAUAGCGCUUGAUGGUUUUUGCGACUGCACUUGAAGAAACUUUCAAAGUUCUUGAAAUGUUCCGUAUUGACUGACCUUCGUGUCUUAAAGUAAUGAUGGACUGUUGUUUCUCUUUGCUUAUUUGAGCUGUUCAUGCCAUAAUAUAGACUUGGUAUUUUACCAAAUAGGGCUAUCUUCUGUAUACCACCCCUACCUUGUCACAACACAACUGAUUGGCUCAAACGCAUUAAGAAGUAAAUAAAUUCCACAAAUGAACUGUUAACCAGGUACACCUGUUAUGAAAUGCAUACCAGGUGACUACCUCAUGAAGCUGGUUGAGAGAAUGCCAAGAGCGUGCAAAGCUGUCAUCAAGGCAAAGGGUGGCAAUUUGAAGAAUCUCAAAUAUAAAAUAUAUUUGGAUUUGUUUAACACUUUUUUUGGUUACUACAUGAUUCCAUAUGUGUUAUUAUUCUUCAAUGUACACAUUUUUUAAAAUAAAGAAAAACCCUUGAAUGAGUAGGUUUGUCCAAACUUUUGACUGGUAGUGUACAUUGAGUUUUAUUUGUCAAGUAAUUGCACAUCCCUGAGCACUCUAUUGAAGUAAAAAAACAGACGUGACUGGCUCAACUACAUAAGCGUCAUAAUGUAAAAUAAUGUGACAGUUGAAAUGAAGAACACAAUCAUCUUUAUCUCCUAACGAAUUGCAGAAGUUGACUGCAGGUAUUUACUUAAAAAAUAGCUACAAAUAUUAAAAUGUAUUGAAGACUUCAAAUAAAUUGUUUCAACGGUAGUGAAAAACCAUCCCGUGGCUGUUGGCUAUAGAAUGCGUUUUAAAAUGCAAAUAGUCCGGGUAGCCAUGAUUAGCUGUUCAGGAGUCUUAUGGCUUGGGGGUAGAAGCUGUUAAGCUUUAUGGACGUAGACUUGGCGCUACGGUACCGCUUGCCGUGCGGUAGCAGAGACAACAGUCUAUGACUAGGGUGGCUGGAAUCUUUGACAAUUUUUAGGGCCUUCCUUUGACACCGCCUGGUAUAGAGCUCCUGGAUGGCAGGAAGCUUGGCCCCAGUGAUGUACUGGGCCGUACGCACUACCCUCUGUAGUGCCUUGCGGUUGGAGGCCGAGCAGUUGCCAUACCAGGCGGUGAUGCAACCAGUCAGGAUGCUCUCGAUGGUGCAGCUGUAUAAACUUUUUGAGGAUCUGAGGACCCAUGCCAAAUCUUUUCAGUCUCCUGAGGGGGAAUAGGCUUUGUCGUGCCCUCUUCACGACUGUCUUGGUGUGUUUGGACCAUGAUAGCUUGUUGGUGAUGUGGACACCAAGGAACUCUCAGCCUGUUCCACUACAGCCCUGUCAAUGAGAAUGGGGGCGUGCUCAGUCCUCCUUUUUACCCUGUAGUCCACAAUAUUCUUAUCAUGUUACUGAAUUUAUUCAGAGGAUUUUCAGAUUUUGUUAUCAACAAAUGCGGCGAAAAGUACAGUAAAUGUGAAAUGCAUAUAAAAUCAAGUGUAAUAUUUGUAUUCAGUCUUGUCAGGUGAACUGUUGUGUCCUCACCUUUUAGUCUAAUAAUUUUCCCAUAAUCUCCAAACUGUUCCCUUUUAAUUGCUACCAUGGUUAUGUAUAUGCUUUCCAUAUUUCUUCUGUAAGAAACAUUUCAAUUUAGCCUAAUCCAUAUAGGCAAAUUCCCACGAGUGUAAGGGGUUAAAUGCUGCUGCUAAGUGAACAUGUACAUAUAGGGCUGUCCCCUUUGGUGACAUCAUAUGUUUAGUGACCUUUGACAACCAGAGUCAAUCAACCUCAGCUUCGGGUCAGAGUCUCCAUUCCCCUCACUUAGCUGGCUGACACAUUUUUUAAUCAAAUUUUACGCUUGUUGAGAAUUCAAUAUCAGAGCUUGUUUAUUUUAUUCAAUUAAUUUUUGUAUGUUUUCCUCUUAUGCUUGGUUUCGUUUAAUUAGGAUUUCACAUUAAUUAGUGGGUCUGUUUCUCUCCCUCUCUCUCUUUGCAUCUCUCUCUCUCUCCUUUCUCUCUCCUCUCUCUUCUCCUUUCUCUCUCUCUCCUUUCUCUCGCUCUUAUGUCUCUCUCUCUACCCCGCUCUCUGAUUACUCACCCUCUUUAUGUCACCAAAAUUAUUCUGUCACAAUGUUUCCCUGCAUUCAGAGAAACACAAAAGGAAAUACUCUUGUACAAUUAGUCAGUGAGUUGAUUAGGCCUGCUGGCGUUUUGAAUUAGAUUCCAAUAUUUAGAAAUGCUUUGAUUAAUACAAUGAAGUUGUAUUUAAAGUUGUAUUUUGUAUCCUUUGCACUGUUGAGAUGAUUUGGUGUCAUGCCCUAGAGGACCACAAUGGAAACAAGUCUCUUGACUUUUUUGUGUAUGUAUCCUCGACAAUUGUAUCUAUAUGUAUCUGUUGCCUGGUGUAACAUUUUAUGUAUUUUAAAUUGUCAAAUAAAAUAAAAUCUACUGUGUAAGUGUACAUGUUGCCAGGAUUGCAUACAUAUUGGUGGUACUGACCCUUAAUAGCUUAUUGACAGCAUCCAAGUUAAUUGAUUUUGUGUGAUCCAUUUUAAAGGCAAAAUCAGAUACAUUAAUUCAUGGUCUGAAAGCAACUGGUUUAGGAUUAAUCCAUCGGUCUUGUACUUGUCCCCCCUCCCACAGACCAAGGCGACCGACACCCCAACCGGAAGGCGCGGGGCCAGCUGAGGACCAAAAUAGAGUCUGGGGAGGGGACCAUCCCUGUGAGGACCAGCAACACCAUCCAGACAUGGGACGGGGUGCUGCAGGGAGAGAGGCUGCUCACCAUGUCCUGCAGUGACAAGAUCGCAAGGUAACCUGGUCGUUGUGGCCCCUUUUGGUAUCUCUUUCACCAAAUAUCCUCCCCCAAAGCCAACAAGAUUGUGAUACACCAUGUAGUAUCGAUAAGUGGUGUGGUCCAGGUUGUUUCAAUUGAGGAAUUGAAUUGGACUCCAAUUCUUGCCCAUUACUUACUUAAUCCUUACUGUCAGUAAGCUCUUCUUGUGGUCGAUACAGCUAUAUUUUAUGGCCUACUUGUAUGAACCAUAGUUAGGCUACUAGUAUCUGUGUAAAGAUGUCCGUUAAGUUGCUGUAAGUACAGGUUGGGCAAUUCACCCAUAGGGCUACGGUGAUGUCAGCCAGUGUGUGCUGUGGUGAUGGCAUGGUAAUAGAGCUAGCAGUGUCAAGCCUAAUGACCCACAUACACACAGUCUUCCUUCAGUGUGCCGUGGCUUAUCUUCUACUCCUACCCCUACAGAACUUCACCUACACACACACACACACACACACACGCAUGUGCGCACACACACAUAAUGCAAUGAUGUAGAGUAUCUAUCAGCCACUUCCACCCAUUUAGCAGACUCUGCGUUGCUUCUUUAAUGCAUUGGAAUAGAUUAAUACAUGAUUAAUUGUGAUUUGGUUUGAAAUACUGUUUAUGUAUGAGUUAUACUUCUUUAAUUGCAAUUCUUUUGUGUGUUUUCAGCUAGUUUUGUUUAGAUUGGCCUGUGAUACAAUGCAGAAAUUUCUGCCAAUGCGUAAGAACAAAAAUAAUAUUGUAAAAAUGAAUAAUGGAGGAUUGCAAAAUUGCGUAGUGGGCUGGUUUUCUAGAGCAGUUAGUCUUUGUUUUAUAUGUGAUAGCACUUAGUUGCUAGGCGUUAUCCUGUAUAUCUCACUUCAGUCAGGCCCAGUCUCAUUUGAUUCAGGCAAAUCGAUGAAUCGAUGGGGUCCAACCCAGGUAUUUUCACAGGCAGCCCACACGGCCCUGCUCACUGUCCACAGUCAAGGCAAAGCUAUCUAUCCCUCCCCGUUGAUGUAUGAUGCAAUCAACUCCCUAACUCUCCCUCCUAGUCCCUUCCUCCAAUUUCAAUGCCAACAGGAGUGUCACACGCCUAAUGUUUUUGAACAUGCAAUAAUGGCAGUCGAUAUUAUUAUACUAUGUAACACAAAGAUCUGAGUCAAAGGAAAACAAGAUGACAGUAUACAGGUAGCAUGUGCACUAACCUAGCGUAUAGCCUGAUUUUAGAGCAAGGCAUAGAAAGUGUCUUAACAGAACAGGCUCACCCGCCAGUUCUCUACACAACACAUCCUCUCCCAACAUGACCAUGGCAGCAAAAAGGAAAGAAAUGCACUUCCAACCAUCUCCGAAUGAAUGAUUAAUGACUCGGCAAUGGCCAUUUAGCUAAAUGAACUAGCGUUGUUUCACCUAGCCCUCAUUGUUCUUUCCCUGUGGUUUGUGUUUUUUUACACCAUUCUCCUUUGAUUAACUGGCCUGGCGCUAAGGCAUUAUAUGGAGGCCUAGGUCUUCCUGUUCCCAGCAAGUUAAAGGGCCUCAUUAGAAGUGUUACUCUCCAGAGUUGUUUUUUUCUUUUGAAAAAGCAACUGAUUGUGACGGCAUUCAAAGUCCCAAUCACUUGAGCUUCAUCACCACUCUCCGUUAGCACACUCAAGUGUGGGUCUGUGUGCAUGCACGCGAGUGUGCAUGUGCACACAGAGCGGUGAUAUUUGUGUCUGAUUUUAGGUUCUUUGAUUGUGCUCCCCAGAACCUCCAUGGCCACUGGGGGCCAGCUGCUAUUCGUAAGGGGCUAAAUCAUGUUUAUCAAGUCAGGUGGAUGAGAGGAGGAACAACAGUAAUGAUACAGUCCAACGAUCAACCCCCCCAUUGCAUAUGGAAGAUGUCCCUGCUGAGGUCUAAUGGAAAACUGGAGGUCUCCUAGCCUUGUCUGACUGCGACUCCAGUCUGUCUUAAUUUCACACACUCUCACGCACACUGCCUCAGGUCAGGAGGAGAGCGGAGCAGCAGUUAUCAGAGCUGUUUGUCAGGGUCUCGUUUCUGUCGUCUGGUAAUGGUAUUUUAACUCCCGUCUGCCUUUUGGAAGUCGCCUCUCUCCAAGGCAAUUGGCAUAAAUGCUUCAUUGAGAGUGUGGAAGGAAAUUGAUGGGAAAGAUGGCUCUGGUAAUGUAACAACACAGAAUGUAGAGCGAAAGAAAGGAAAUUGGAUCGUUCAGAGUGAGUACCCAUUCCUAAGUUGUGUGCGUGUGCACGCAUUUGUGCGUGUGCACCUUUGUGUGUUUCUGUGUCAUUGUGCAUGCGUGUGUACUUGUGUAUACUAAUGCAACAUCUCUGUUGCAGAUGGAAUGUGGUGGGCAUCCAGGGCUCUCUGAUGAGCUACUUCACAGAGCCAAUCUACUUCUCCAGCAUCAUCCUGGGCAGCCUGUACCACGGCGACCACCUCUCCCGGGCUAUGUACCAGCGCAUCGCCGACAUCGAGGACCUGCCCCAACAGUUCAGCCUCAACAGGCCUCUACUGAGC